CAAUUGUAUAAUGAAUUCUAAAAGAAAUCACAAUAAAAGCUUAAAAGAAUGAUGAUAUAAAAAAAAAUAAGGCAAACCAUUUCUUGCCCAAUUUUCUCAUUUCUAAUGAACAUAUUACUAAAAAUCCAACAUGACCCUAAUAUUAUAAAGAAACUCUUACAGAAUAAAAGAAAUCUGAGUAAUUUCCAUAUUUUACAACAAAGCUUGGUACUUCUGGAUCCUUCCAAUAAUAAUUAUGAGCAAAUUCAAGUUUAAAAAAAUUCAAAUGAAUAGUCCUAAUUCCAUAGAAUAAGAUUAAAGCUGCAAAAAGCCUGAAAUUUCUAACAUAAAACACCCAAUAGAGACUAACAUAGAAAAAUGCAAAGUCUAAAAUUAGACCAGAUAUUACUUGCAUUAGAGAAGCAAACCUAAUUACAAUAUAAAUUGAAUAAGU